AUGCCUCCACCCAAGAAGGAAACCGUCAUGAGCGAGUUCGAGCGCAAGCGCCUGGAGAACAUUGCCUACAACAAUGCCAUCCUUAGCGGCAUCAGUACCACGGCAGACAAGAUUAUCCCGAAGCCAGCGCCUCCCAAACCCAAACGCGCCAGCACCCCUCGAGUCAAGCGUGAACCUGUCAAGAAGGAAGCAGCCCGUCCCACGCGCCAGAGCAGUCGCCUCGCCGGCCUCGAAGCGGAUUCCGCAGUUCUCAAGCGCAAACUAGAUGUCGAAGCUGAGGAGGAAGCGGCAAAGGCCAAGGCCAAGAAGAUGCGCGUAAGCGGUGACUUGAACCUCGGCGAUAUCACGGUCGAAGGUCGCAAAUGGGAAAGCAGUGCCGACGGUCUAGCGCUUCUGAAGGGUCUCGGUGUACGAGGGGCUCAACCUGGCGUGAGGACGUUUACAGAAAAGGAUGUCAAGCAUACCAAGGACAAGGGGUUGAAGGACCUGCGGUUGCGCAUGAGCGGACUCAAGUUGUACGAGAAGUGGGCAGUCAAUGACAUCAAAAUCGUACCCCAGCGCAUCUACUCCAUGUGCUUCCACCCCACGGAAGAAAAGCCUAUCAUUUUCGCUGGCGAUAAAGAAGGCGCCAUGGGCGUGUUCGACGCCUCCCAACCCUCGCCCAAAAUUGAGGACGACGAUGAAGAUGCCGAAUACCCAGACCCCAUCAUAUCCGCCUUCAAAACCCACUCCCGCACUAUCUCUUCGUUUCACUUCUCUCCCACCGACGCCAAUGCCAUCUACUCGGCCUCGUAUGACUCUUCGAUUCGCAAACUGGACUUGGACAAGGGCAUUUCAACCGAAAUCUUUGCCCCGUCCUCUUCGUCUGAGGAUCUCCCCAUCUCCGCCAUCGACAUCCCGACCACCGACCCAAACAUGAUCAUCUUCUCCACCUUGUACGGCUCGCUAGGUCGACAAGACCAGCGCACCAAACCUUCCUCGGCCGAAAUUUGGGGCUUAACCGACCACAAGAUUGGAGGUUUCUCCCUGCACCCUCGGCAUCCCUACCUUGUCGCGACCGCCUCGCUCGACCGCACCCUCAAGAUUUGGGACUUGCGCAAAAUCACAGGCAAGGGGGACCUCCGCCACCCUGCCCUCCUAGGGGAACAUGAAUCCCGUCUUUCCGUUUCGCAUGCUUCCUGGUCUUCGUCGGGACACAUUGCCACUUCUUCGUACGACGACCGCAUCAAGAUCUACAGCUUCCUCUCGGCUGGCGAGUGGAAAGCUGGGCACGACAUACCGGCAAAGGAAAUGCAACCGACGGUUGAGAUACCGCAUAACAACCAGACAGGAAGAUGGGUGACGAUUCUGAAGCCGCAAUGGCAACGGAAUCCACAAGAUGGGUGGCAGAAGUUUGCCAUUGGAAACAUGAAUCGGUUUGUGGACGUUUAUGCAGAGGACGGAGAACAGUUGGCGCAGCUGGGGGGGGAUGGGAUCACAGCGGUGCCGGCGGUUGCCCACUUUCACCCGACCAAGGACUGGGUGGCCGGCGGGACGGCGAGUGGGAAGUUGUGUUUAUGGAUGUAG